UAUAAUUCGAGCCACUCAAUCAUUUUCGUCGAACUCUAUUUUCAAUUAUAACCCAUCAUACCCAGUAUCACUUUUUGUUAGAUUGAGUAAGUAUUUCUAUAUAUUUGGUUAUCGCUUACUAUGUUCAGUUCCUGGCUCAUUAGAAAGAUGCCGUUAAAAGUUGCAUUCUUCUAUGAUAAGAACAAUUCAUCCAUCAAUUCAGAAGUGGAAAAGGUGCUAUCAAUUAUCAACGAUUGUGUUGAGAAAGGACUACUUUGGGAACUGACAGUAUUCGAUCUCAAUGAGAAAUUGGAAUAUACUCGCUUUCAAGAGUAUAAUUAUCUUCUCUUUUUCUUAUUUUCCCAUGACCAAUCGCUAGAAUCAUCUUCGCAUCCCGUUGUUCUUUUGUAUAUUCAAGACCUUGACGGAGAUCACCGUGUGAGUCAUGACAUCUUGAAAGGUAUUCAAGUGUCAUCACUGUACGAUGGCACUGGAAGUUGCAUCAUUUGUGAUAAUCUACAACUGGAUUUAGCCAGCCUAGGCGCUUCCGAGCUAACUCGUUACGACUUUGGACAUUGCCCAAUCGACAAGAGUUAUCUCUCCAUUGUCUGGAUCGUGGAAAUUCUUCAGAACUGCAUUCGCAAUUCAGAAGAAGCUGUGGAGCAAUCGAACAAGCAGCAGCUCCUGUCUCAUCUUCGCGAAUUGGUGCCCAUGAAGGUCCGUCGCAAACUGAAAGUGUGGCUGAAAGAGCGAGAAGAAGAGGAAAAAGAGCUCGAGGAGCGCAAAUCGAUGAAGCGAGAUCUCGGCGAGGACGUGGAAGAUUUGGGAAACGUCCCCAAAGAGAAAGAGAUGAUCACUCGCGAGCUUCGUUCCAUUCUCCAGAAGCAGGGCUACGGGGUCGUGGGAUCCCACAGUGCGGUCAAGCUGUGUCGAUGGAGCAAAACGCAUCUCCGAGGGAACGGAGCGUGCUACAAGCACACGUUCUACGGGCUGAACAGCGCGUCCUGCAUGGAAGCGACGCCCUCUCUGGCCUGCGCGAAUCGCUGCCUGUUCUGCUGGCGACACCACUCCAAUCCGACCGGACGCUCGUGGCGCUGGAAGAUCGACGAUGCGAAGGACGUCUACGACGGCAUGGUGGCGAACCAGCGCAGACUUCUGAAGCAGUUCGCGGGGUGCGAAGGCGUCUUGCCGGACCGCGUGGAAGAAGCGAUGGCGCUGCGCCACUGCGCGUUAUCGCUGGUGGGCGAGCCGAUCAUGUACCCGAAGAUCGCCGAGUUUAUCGACCUUCUUCACCAACACGGGACCUCGUCGUUCCUCGUCACCAACGCGCAGUUCCCGCAGGAAAUCCGAAGCGUGCCGCCGGUGACGCAGUUCUACAUCUCGGUCGAUGGGAGCACCAAAGAGGGGCUCAAGAAGCUCGAUCGGCCGCUGUUCCGCGACUACUGGGAGCGGUUCAAUGAGUGCGUGGAGGCGGUGAAGAGUCGAACGGAGCGAACGGUGCUGCGAUUGACGCUCGUGAAGGGGUACAACAUGGAGGAUGUCGAGGGGGUGGCUCGGAUUGUGAAGGAAGCCUUGCCGUCGUUUGUGGAGCUGAAGGGAAUGACGUUCAGCGGGCAGGGAUGCCUGCUGACGAUGGAGAACUGUCCGUGGUAUUCGGAGAUCGUGCAGUUUGGAAAGGAGCUCAACGCGCUCUUGGAUGACUACGAGAUUUCAUGUGAGCAUGAACACAGCUGUUCCGUUCUGCUGACUCACAAGAAAUUCUUCUACGAUGGAAAGUGGCACACGUGGAUCGAUUUUGACAAAUUUCAGGAGUUGUACGCGAAGUGGAAGUUGGACGGGACUCCGGUGAACGCCCUCGACUACUCCAUUGAGACACCCGUUAAUUGUGUUUAUUGUGUUUUUAUGGUAGGAUUGGGCCAUUUAUGGAGCCACGGAGCAGGGAUUCGACCCUCUGGAUGA